CUUCGGGUUGCAAAGGUGAGAGCCGCUCGCCCACCUUGGCUCGGCUUCGCGCGGAGCGGCGGGUCCCCACGCGCCUCCCCUCGCGCGCGCUCGCUCGCCCCCAUGCAGACGCGCGCACGGGGGGGCGAGCAGGAGCCGCCGAAGAUGGCAAUGUCUGUGAUACAAGCGUGCCGCAGCCUGGCUCUUUCAACAUGGCUGCUUUCCUUUUGUUUCGUGCAUCUGCUCUGCCUGGAUUUCACCGUGGCCGAAAAAGAAGAAUGGUACACGGCCUUCGUGAACAUCACUUAUCCAGAUCCCGGCGUCGGCGCCGGCGCCGGCAGUGAGCUGCGUAGCGAAAAAACGGAGUGUGGCCGCUACGGGGAACAUUCGCCCAAAAACGAGGUCUGGGGGCAGGUGGUGAUGACCUCGGCGACCGCUGACAGGCAAGCUUGCGACCCCAACGCUAGGUUCGCCGUGCCGGGCCCCGGCAAGCUCUGGAUCGCCCUUGUCCCUAUAGGGAAUUGUAGUUGCAAGGAGAAGAUUCGGCACGCCGCCUCCCAAAACGCCUCAGCCGUGGUCAUCUACAACUUCGGCUCCAGCAACACCAACGAGACGUUUACGAUGCCCCCCUCAGGUAUUGAUGAUGUUGUGGCGAUCAUGAUCCCUGAGCCAAAGGGAAAAGAAAUAGUAAGCCUACUGGAGCGGAAUAUUACUGUAAUGAUGCACAUAACGGUGGGAACCCGUAACCUGCAGAAGUACGUUAGUCGUACUUCUGUGGUGUUUGUAUCCAUCUCCUUCAUUGUGCUGAUGAUCAUCUCUUUAGCAUGGCUGGUCUUCUACUACAUUCAGAGGUUCAGAUAUGCAAAUGCCAGAGACAGGAAUCAGCGCCGUCUUGGAGAUGCUGCAAAGAAAGCAAUCAGCAAACUCCAAGUCAGAACAAUAAGGAAAGGAGAUAAGGAAACUGAGUCUGAUUUUGACAACUGUGCAGUAUGUAUUGAGGGUUACAAACCAAAUGAUGUUGUAAGGAUCUUACCUUGCCGGCAUCUAUUUCACAAAUCUUGUGUAGAUCCCUGGCUCCUAGAUCAUCGUACCUGUCCUAUGUGUAAAAUGAACAUAUUAAAAGCACUAGGGAUUCCGCCUAAUGCAGAUUGCAUGGAUGACAUCCCUCCUGAUUUUGAAGCAUCUAUAGGAGGGCCCCCAACCAAUCAGAUUACAGGAGCUAGUGAUAUCACUGUGAAUGAAAGCUCCAUAGCAGUGGAUACUCCUAUCCGGACAGUUGGAAUAUUACAAGUUAUUCAGGAUGCAGAUCCUGCUCCACAGGCUGUGGAAAGUAACAUUACCACAAGCAGUGAGCAAGAACCAGCAGUAAGUAGUGAUUCAGAUAUUUCAUUGAUUAUGGCAAUGGAGGUUGGACUCUCUGAUGUGGAGCUUUCCACUGACCAAGACUGCGAGGAGGUGAAAUCCUGAAAAAAAAGGAAACCAUCGAAACAUCCUUCUACUAAACUAACAGGCAGUAGCAGGAAGAAGAAAUCCAUUGUGAUACACACAAUUAUCGAUAUACAUAUGUGCACGUAUGUAAGAUUUGGGUCAGUUGUAUAUACAUGAAUACCCAUAUACACACAUGCACAUAUGUAACUGUAUGACCUGCAAAGGCAUCCAGAACGUUAUGCGAACUCCAGUUAAUUCCAUUCUGGGAUGGUCAUGAAAAGCAAUAGUUACAGAUGUGUCUGCCUGGAUGCAGUUUCAUUAUCAAUUACAUUUGAUCAUUUCAUUGAAAAUGGAAGUUGAAAAAUGUAUUGUUCUAAUCCAUGUGCCAGAAGAAUAUGCCCUUGCUUGGUGGCUUAGAACCAUAUAACUGAAAUGAAGUCCUCUCCCCCCCCCACACACACCUUUGUUUUUGUUUUUUAAAGAAAAGAAAGAAAAGGGAUACCAUAAGAGGAUUAUAGCUGACAUUGAUGAACAUUAUUUUUCUUCCUUCUCAAUAACCCAAGCUUAUUCAAGUAUUCAGUUCAGAGAUCUGAACAUUAUGGUGGGUCACAAAAAUGUAUGAAUGCCAGGCAUUUUCUACAUGAAGAAAGCAUGGCUUCAGGAAGAAAUGGUGCUUCCAACUUUGACUUGAUUUGAAGACUCUUUUUAUUAAGAUAUUAUUGGCCCUUGGAGAUCUAUGCUUCCAGGGUCUUCCAGACAGGAGAACAGAGACUGGCUUGAUUGAGGUUGGCAAAUUGCUAUUUAAUCCUACUGGGUCCCACUCUGAGCUUUAGGACGUUGAUGUAUGAGUGUGAGAAGAAGCGUGAAGACAACAAUCAGAAUGAAAUUAAAGGUCAACCAAUAUAUGUGGUCCUUUGUACCACUAUAUACUCUUCAUGCCUUAAUGGCUUUCAUGGUGAUUGAUUUUGAAAUUAGAUUUACUUUUAAAACAAAGCUUUCCCAAGAACUUUCUGACCUAUGAGUGAAUGGAAUGUAUUGAUAUUGUUUGCGGUUAGAUGGAAAGAAAAUAAAAAUGUUGUAGGAAGGCAGCAGGGGUAUGGUAGUUUACAGUAGUUACCAAUGGACUGAUUGUUUAUCCUACAAGGUAUACCUUGAAAAUCACUUUACCCCUCAAAACACAUUAUUAGUUACUCUUGAUUUUACAAGUGAAAGUUUUCCAAGCUUCCAAGGAACAUUUCAACAAUUGUGGGAAAGGAUAUUCAGACACAGCCUCAUCUUUAUUUAACUACAUUUUAACAUGAUUGGAUAAAUAACCAGUAAUCCAAUUCAGGGAGAUCAUUCCUAGAAAAGAAUAAAAUUGUACUAAGAAUGAACUGCUUUCCUAAAUACCUGUUAAUCAAAUUGAUUGUACUGCAUUUAAAUUCACCUUAAAAUUAUUCAGAAAGUCUCAGGCAUUUUUCUUAUGAUGUGUGAAAAUAUGCUACAAACACCUUUUAUUGUUGUUUAUGCUCCUGAUGGGAGUAUGUAGGCUAAACCUGGAUAACUUUAGAAGUAAAUCAAAAGGUGGUUAUUUGUAAUCUUAUUUCUGAAUCACAAUUUAAAACUGAAACGUUCAAAACCAAAUUCACUAAGAGUUGUGUGUUUUUCCCUAAUUUAUGUUGAAAAUAAGUGCCAUUAGCUGCUGGAAUUUAAGUGAUUUUGUUUUAUCUAUUGCUUAAUGGGGUGUGCUAUUUAUGCAAAAGAGCAAUUUGUAUUUUAAUCAAAGUACUUAAGAAGGACUUUUCAUCUUAUUUUAUGUCACAAAAGGUUAAGCUAAUACUUCUGACAAUAAAAAUAAUAAUUUCAAUCACAGUAGAUAAACAGAGGUAACAGAGUCACUUGUACUUAUAAACUGAAUAGACACAGACUGUUUUUUCUUCCUGUAGUAGAAGAGUACCCUAAGAAUUUAUCCAUAGGUGAGCAAAAAGUAGAUCUAGAUCUACUUAAUGGAUCCUGAAUCAUAUCAGUAACUACUCUUAAUAACUGUAUAAUGACAGUAGCCACAAAAGGUCCUCCCCAUCUUAGAUUGUCAUUUGAUCGAAGUUUUGCUUCUUUAUCAGAAGACUAUGCAUUAUUACAGCCUGGUCCAAUAGUUGAGCUUUUAGUGCCAUAUGUCUCUAAAUCUCAAUGUCUGACUUCUGUAUCCAGCUGGUGAAUCCAAAGGCAGAAAUAAUGGCAGUAUUAAAUCCUUGAAAACAGAGAUUUGCUAACUUCUGAAAUUAGCCCAUGUACUCUCUUGUUACUCUUCAGUUUUCCCCACUCUCUGCUGUUAGUUUCCUAAUUUGCUAUUCUAUGAUACUGAAACUGAACAAUGAAAUAAUGACCAAGCUUUGUAUUCAGCAUGAUAUAUCAUGUUCCACAAAAAUUGGAAAUAUUUUAGUCAAAUGUCAUCAUUAAUGCCAUUUCUUCCUAUCCCAGAACACUUUUGGAUAUUUUGCGAAACACCACCUGGGACAGUGCUAAGGUCUGGCAUUCAAUCCAAAAGUGGAAAACAUUGAAGAUAUCUUCUGCUUCCAUCUUUCUUUGUUUGGGAUGGAGAUAAAAAUAUGAAAUCUAAUUUUGGUCCUGUGAAUAUGCAACUAGAAAGUGAGUGUACCUGGGAAAGACAGUUAUUUACAUUGUAUCAAGGUUUGCUGUUGCAUCUGAUUUAUUAUAAGCACUGAAAUGGCAAUUUUGAAAGCAGAUUGGUCAUUUAAGACCAUUACCUUCAACAAAAGAUCACUGAGAAAGAUCAGUCUGCCCCAUCUCCAUGAAGCUUAAUGAGGUAUCUCCCCGGAACUGAUGCAAUUCCAUUUGACUCUGAAAUAACAAAGGAACUAGAAAUAUUAGUACUCUGUUUUUUGCUAUUUGAUUCAAAUUGGGGAAAAUUAAACCUUCCUCUACUAAUACAAAAAGAAUAUUUAACAAGUAUAACUUGUGCUGCCAUAUAUUGUUAACUGUGCCUGUGAAAACUUACCUGUCAGAUUAUAAGGAUGUAGUUGUUUUAAUAUUGAACAGUGAGGCUACUCACUUUUCCAGUAUAUUCUUGUCUAAAAAUGUAAGGUGCCCCGUCUUCAAUUCAAUUCAUUUCCAUGACAUGUGAGAUACUAUAUUAAUUACUGGUAGUCAGGGGCAAAAGAUAGUCUGAUUCUUGUAGGGCCAGCUUUCUUUACUACAUGGCCAUGUCCAGCGUUAUGUUACCUACAGUGUUGCAGUAAAGAUGCAGUAAAUAUGCUUAUUUUGCUAUUCUUGGUUGUUGACAUGUUAAACCAUGUUGUCCAUCUGCAUGCAGCCCAUCUGCAAAGUUGGGUUAUGAUAAUCAAAAGUAAUAUUAGCUUGUAAUCUGUCCCUAAGUCUGCCUGUGCUUCUUCUUUCUCACUACAACCAUUUCUAUGUUAUUUGAAGGGAAAAAAACACUAAUGACAUAUUAUUUUAAGCCAUAAAAGCCAUUAUGGCCCAUAUACUGGUGGUAGAUAUGUAGGUGGUCAGUGAACAGCAUAUGUGAUUUUGCACUAAGUCUGAUUGUUUUUCUUUUCCAAUGUAACAAAAUAGGGAAAGUAUUUAGUACUCUAAGGAAGCCAAUUAGGUGCAGUGGUUUAAGGCAUCAAAACCCGCUGAAUGACUUUGGGCUAGUCAGUUUCUCUCAGUUCUGAGAAGGAGGUAAUGGUGAAGCAUCUCUGAAAAACUUUGUUAGGAAAACUGCAGGGACUUACCCAGGCUGUAUCCAAGAAUUGGGCAUGAAUGAAUGGAAGAAAAUAUGUGUAAUUGGGAAAUCCCAAUAUUGUGGUCUAUUUUAGGAAGGUGUUUUCUCUCUUUAAUUUAGACUAGCAGUAUUCAACUACGGACAUUCCUUAGCAUCUGGAACUUCUUUCUUUGAACUUAAGAAAUCAGUAAUUAAAUCUUGCUGGAUUUUAUUUUUUGGCUGUCCAAGAAUGUGCUUAUUGCCAAUGAACUAAAGCUACUGAGUGUUUUUGGAUUUAUUACUAAUCUUCCAAUUUACUGAAGACAUCAAACCUAAUAAUUGAUAUUAAAAGCAACAGAAUAACCCAGAAAACCGGUUUAACAUUAUUUUCUAAAUGCAACAGCUUUCAGGCAUGCACAUAGAAAUGUAUGGUAUGUUAAGGAUCUGGUAAAAUUGCAAAGAUAGACCACUGAGUAACAGUCCUCAGUCUGCCAUAGGUUUCUGCAUAGAGUCAAUUUAGAGUUCUGGCAAGAUAACCUGCCCCAGCCAACUGAAUAGGGUUAGUAGUGCAGGGAGAGAGUGAAAGGGAUAUUAGAAGCUAAUGGCUUUUUGCUCUGUAAUACCUCAUGCCUACAGAUUGCUUAAACCCCACCAACUGUUGAACAGAAUACAACCUAAAGGUUCUUCGGCUUGCUUUCUAUUUCCAAAUAAUCACUCCUCCCACCAGAGCUUUGAGAAAAGAAAUAAUUAUUAUACUGUAGUGAAAUAAUCUUUUUUUUUUAAAUGAUCUAAAUAUGGACUGCAUGUUGAUGGCCAACCAUGGGAUAACAGUAGUAACAUGUCGGAAGGCAGAACUACAAGUAUUCUGAAUGGCCAUGCUGUCCUCAGGUAGCACUAUAACAUUGAAGUAAGACCUGCCCAUCAUAAGCUCUCCAACAUUCAGCUACUGCACAGGAAAUGCAGGAGGGGAAGCUUAUCUAUAAUGUAGAGAGCAAAGUCUUUUGCUAGUUGUGUUGCUAUUUGUAGCUGGCUUUGUGAGAAUGUAUGCAAUGUUACAUUGGAUGAUCUAUUUAAUGAAAUUUAAUAAUGCAGAACAGUUUCUGCCGAUGCACAAUUCUAGUAACUUCACCAGUAUUAAGAACAGCCUUUCUUGAGCUUGUAUGAGCUUCCAGUAGUAUUUAUAAAACUUUUCUCUGUUCUUGCUUACCGUGUAGGGAGAGUAGUUCCAUUUUACGUUUGCACAGUAUGCAGUCUGUGAAAAACCAAGAUAUUAUUUUUCAGUAGUUCUUUGAGAAAUCACGUCCCACUAAGUACUUCUAGCACAUUAUCAAUACAAACUGUGUCAUGGUCGCUAGCUGCGGUGUUGCCAGUUUUUCACCUCGAAUGUAUUUUUGCCAAGAAGUCUAUGAAGCAGGCUCAAAGUGAUGCCUUUUCCAGGAUCUACUUGAAAGUAGUAUGGGUUACAGAGAGCUGGAAGAGAAAUCAUGCUUCUGAAUGUGCUUCCAUUGGCAACCAGAUGAAUCAAUAAUAAAGGAAAACACAGUUCAGAGGAUAGAAUAUGUACAGACAUAUAGAAACACCGGAUAGUUAUAUAAAGACCCUCUUUAUUUUACUGACAGAGAUGCAGUUCCGUAUCUACUGAAACGUUACCCAAGUAUUCAUACGGUAUACAGGAUUUCUGAGAAAGCUUUAGAACAUUUUGUUUAUUUAAAAAAAACGUUUGUUAUGAGCAGGCCAUAGAAUAAUAGCUUACAGCAAAAAAAGAUUGAGCUAUAACAAACUUCAUUUUCCUUUCUUUUUAACUGAAGCAAUUGAUCCAUAAUAAUAAUAAAUAAUAAUGUAAUAUACUUUGGUAUGUAGGGCUCUGCAUAGCAGAUUGUGUUUGCUAACAGCUACAUAGCAGAGGAAUGCCCAAUGCUGUAAAAAUCCCAGUUUUCAGAACUUCUCUCUUAAUAUAUUUGUUGCUUUAGUAGUUGGAAAUUUAUCUCACCAGUAAAAAUGCUGAACCAUCCACAAGUGGGGUUGAGGAGAGAGAGAGUGAUGUUCACUAUUAUUUUAAAAAGAUGAAAAGGAAAUUGUUUUGAACGUACCGAAAGGCUCCUCAAAAAUCUAAUAUUGAUAGUGUAUCAUCCUCAGCAAAUAAUUUUUUGGAGUGUCUCUUACAAGAAUGUAUGUGUGGAAGACUACAAAAAAAAAAAAGAAAGAAAGAAAGAAAGAAAUUGAACAUUUUUCUUCCUGUUUGCUUCUUUUGUAUCUUGUUUGUUUGCUUUGAAGGCCUCAAAUGUUACCCAUUUCUUUUGCGGCAAUGGUUUACUAAUGUGAAAUAUCAAAAUGUUUUUACAUGUACAUAGUUUCAUUUCUUCCUCCCUUUUUCAUGGCUAAGCCACCUGAUGAAGGUAUUUACCAUUUUAUAAAUAGAAUAAAAUGUAAAGCAGGAAUUAAUUUUGUGGGUGGGAAGGGCUGUUAUUUUUAUAGCAAGAUGUUCCUUGUACUUAUUAGCAUUUUAAAAUAAUUUUGUACUUGUCAAACUGUACAUUCCAUCCAUUUCUCAAAAAUAUUUUUUAUUUAAAGUACUUUGAAAACACAAAAACAUUUAAUAAAGUUUCAUCAAUAAAGACAAAAAUAUUUGGAUUACAGUAAUAGCUCCAAAGUUCUCUCCUGCUGUAUCAUAUAGACUACAUUCUAUACCAGCAAAUGCCAAUUAAAAAAAUAGAAAAAUUCGUUUUAAAUAGUGGCAACUAAAUUAUUUCUAAUUGCAUUUUUUUGAAAUUUCUGUUUUUCAACAAAAAAGUGAUUCUAUCUGCUGGAUUUGGAAUAUUUCCCAAUUUAUAUCCGAAUGAGGAGCCUGCUUUGACAAGACUCAUGCUGAGUUUUAUUCAGGUGUAAUGUUUGCUCUUCAGAAUUUUGCUCAGGAAAACCUUUGUUUUUCUGUUUAAAGCUGGAGUCAGCUCUGUCUAUGCUGAUUGCCAAGCAUUCUGUAAAGCCAUAAGGCCAUUUCCCUUUUCACUCAUCUAACAGUGAUAGCAUUAAUUUGUUGUUUAAAAAUUUAUAACUGUGCUCUAAAGCCAGUUUAAAAAUAGAGAAUGGAGAUCACAGACACACAUGAAUAUGGCACUGUAUACCAGACCUCUUCAGAAUUUUGGCUUAUUGGCAAACAAGCAUACUGGCUCCUACAAACUGUGGAAGAAAACAAACUGCAAAUCAAAAAGAAGCCAUGGUUUUGGCUUUCGAGCUUUCUCUCUACCUUGUUUUAGAGGACAAAACAGAAUCUCCAAAUGGAAUUACAUUAAACCUGCUGAUAUGUUAACAAUAUCUGCCCAGGCCCUAGAGCAGGGCUGUCAAACUCUUGGCUCACGGGCUGAAUGUAUCAUGCGCUGACCACGCCCAUGCCCAGUUUAGCAAAGGGGAAAAAAGUCCCGAUAUGUCACAUGAUGCCGCCAUGACGACGUGAAUUUGACACCCCUGCCCUAGAGGAAGAGCUAUCAGAAUGACCAGGGUCAGUGCUUAUGCCGACCAGUCUCUUGAUCAGUAGCAAGCCAAUAAUCUGAAAAAGUCAGGGAUGGCUAAAAUAAUCAGAAGAAAGAGUACCAUAAUCUGUUCUUGCCAUUCCAAACAUUUGAGGCAGGCUGGCCUUUCAGUCAUGCUAAUAUUGUGAAGUGUUGUAUAAACUGAUUGCAUUAAACAGAAAAAGCUAAAGUAAUGAAAUUGUUAGAACAGAUUGCUUGCUUUUGUUUUUAUUUUCAUGUGCUUUGGUUUUUUUUUGUUAAGUCUCUAAAAACAUACUAGUCUUUUAAGUUUUAGCUACUCUGUGUUUUUUUUUUUCCUGGUUUGACAGAGGAAAACAAUACAGCACACAGUAACAUAACAGUUAGUCUUCAACUUGAUUAGCAAAAUAGGAAGAUGGAAAUCAUCACAAUAAUAUUUGCAUAGGCAAUGGCUUUCUUUAUAAACCAAUCUUUGUUUGCUAUACAAUGUGGAGAGUAUGCCUAUGCAAAGCACCAGUGGUUUGUGAAGAAUUUGUUUUCCUACAAAAUUUAGUAAAGUGUUGCAAAUAUAUUUCAGUCACUAGUAUAUCUCCUGCUACUUUAUUUCUGUCUCUUUUUUAUAUCUCUCACCUUCCUUUCCAAUGCACUUUAUAUCACUUGGAGAAUGUGGGAGUCAGACACUAUCACUAAAGGGACUUGCCUAAAAUCAAGAGGCAGACACAUUGGUUUUUGUUUUUUCUUUAUUGUUGUCCUUUCUGUACUUUUCAGUUGAGACAGUGACUCAGCGAGGGUCAGGAGAAAUAUUGGAAAAGCAUUAUUCGGUAGAAAACAUGGCUAUUUUUGGUAUAUAGAAGAUUAUAAUGUAAAUAUGUGAUACUGUGUUAUUCUGUAUUAGUAAAAUAUUGCAACUGUAAAAGCUGAAGAAUUGUGAAUUCUAAGCAAUUUUAUUGCAAGGAUUUUUUUUAAUAAAAAAUAUCUGAGAAGUGU